ACAUGAUCCUGAGCGGACGAUGCCGCCACAAAUCGCUGCCGCGCCGGAGGACGAGGAGCUAGGGGCCGGUGACGUCAUCAGAGCUGCGACCGGAGCGUCUGACAGAGGACUGGGAUCCAGCGAGCACCAUGCUUCGUCCGUCGUGUCACCCCCAUCUUUUCAGGCUUCUGGAUUCCCGCCGUGCUCUGAGCUCCGCAGCCUCCUCACUUUAUGACGCAGUUAUAUCUGGCGGGGGGAUGGUCGGGACUGCAAUGGCCUGUGCUCUCGGCUCUCAUCCCCACCUACGCCACAAGAAAAUCCUGUUACUGGAGGCUGGGCAAAAGAAAGGCUGUGACCACUUACCUGAGCAGUUCAGCAACCGCGUCAGUUCUAUCACCCCGGGAUCUGCCACGCUGCUGGCCAGCUUCGGUGCUUGGGAUCAUAUCUGCUCAAUGAGGCUGAAACCAUACAAGAGAAUGCAGGUGUGGGACGCCUGCUCUGAUGCCCUGAUCACGUUUGAUAAAGAAGGAAUGGAGGAGAUGGGGUACAUAAUAGAGAAUGACGUCAUCACAGCCGCACUUACCCGACAGCUGGAUUCGUUGUCAGAGCGCGUUGAGGUUCUCUAUCGGAGUCGCGCUGUGGGUUACACCUGGCCAGCACCUUAUCGCAAUGCAGAGGGCAGUCCGUGGGUCCAAAUCGAGCUGGCGGAUGGACAGCGGCUACAUACGAGACUACUGAUCGGUGCAGACGGGCAGAAUUCCACGGUCCGCAGUGCAGCGGGAAUGAAAAGUAUCCAGUGGAGCUACAAUCAUGUCGCAGUGGUUGCCACGCUGGAAUUGUCUGAGUCUACUGACAACAAUGUGGCCUGGCAGAGAUUCCUCCCGAGCGGACCCAUCGCUCUCUUACCGCUCUCGGACACUUGCAGCUCCCUGGUCUGGUCCACAUCUCCUGAGCGCGCCUCUCAGCUUUUGGCAAUGGACGAGGAGAGCUUUGUGGACGCCGUCAACUCGGCUUUUUGGAGCAGUGAUCACCAUUCAGACUUCAUCACCUCCGCUGGUUCCAUAUUGCACUCAGCCCUUUCCUCUUUGAUGCCUUCUGGAACGUCUGCCCGCCAGCUGCCGCCUAGCGUAUCUCGACUCGGGAAAAACAGCAGAGCAGCCUUCCCCCUGGGCCUUGGUCACUCCCCGGAAUAUGUCCGCCAGCGGGUGGCACUAAUUGGGGACGCCGCUCACAGAGUGCACCCUCUGGCCGGCCAGGGUGUGAAUAUGGGCUUUGGCGAUGUGGCCAGUCUGCUGCAUCAUCUGAGCAGUGCGGCAUUUGACGGACAAGAUUUGGGCUCAACAAGGCACCUUCUGGAGUAUGAGACGGAACGUCAGAGGCAAAACCUUCCAUUAAUGGCUGCUAUUGACAUGUUAAAGAGAUUGUACAACACAAGCCAGCCUUCGAUAGUGCUCCUCCGGACUCUGGGCCUCCAGGCGACAAAUGCAGUGCCUCCACUAAAAGAGCGGAUCAUGGCCUUCGCAAGCAAAUAACUGCGCCCGUCGCUGCAUGCGACAUCUCUCUCACUUAUUACCGUUAUUUUUGUUGUCAUAUAAUGUAAAUUAAAGAACAGCUUUCUCUAUGAUCUCAAA